UUUCCACUGACUGAAAAAAUUGCAUUAAGAUGAAUCGAUCAAAUAUGCGAAUUUCACUGGAAUGUGCCAAAACAGUUGCUGUUAGGUCAUCGACGUUUAAACAUGUCCCACGCAGGAGGUGUCCUUUUUCUGCUCAUUGUGGUUUCAUAUGAGGUCGCUUCGAAGGUCGAGUUUACCAACAUUGUAUGUACUUCCCUCGAUAAAGAGUUUUCCGAGUUUGAGUACUGCUAUCUGAAGUCGGUGAAUCGGACCUACAAAUAUGUGUCUGUUAAAAGUAAAUUGUACCAAACACCGGUAACGAAAGUGAAAGUAAAUUUUUCACUGUAUAAACGAUUCAAUGGUUAUAGGCCUUUUAUGUACAACAUCACUGUGGAUGCCUGUAGAUUCCUGAAGAAUCCCAAAUCGAACCCAGUUACAUUGUUCUUUUUUAGCUCAUUUGCUGAAUUCUCAAAUUUUAACCAUUCGUGUCCCUUCAAUGGGGCACUUUUUCUGGAAAAGUUAUCAACCGAGUUUGUAAAUCACCAAGCUACUAAAGUGCUGCCAUUUCCGGAAGGGGAUUAUAUGAUAGAAAUUAAUUGGAUUGCCUACGACAUCAAUCGGGCUGUGAUCAAAUUUUAUUUAACUCUUUCUUGA